CAUUGUUCCAGGGAGCACGAAACGAGACAGAAAGAGAUCAAGUCCUUGACGAAGUGGUCGUGGGAAGUAUGGGCCUCGUAACUGCGAAUACCGAGGAGAGCAUGGAUAUGUUCAUCAAAGGAAGCCGUAUUCAAGUCUCUCUCUUUGUAGACCCCGAAGAACAGUCUGACUUCAGAGUUUGGGUGAAUGGGCAUGAAAAGAUCGGAUUUCCCAAAGAGACCCGAUUUGGACCGUCGACAGACUCCGAUAGGAGCUUUGCGAAUGCUCAACAAUGGCUUCGGCAGUGUCUGGACCACCACGACUGGGGAAAGUCUCGUGACUCGUUUCACCCACGUAGGCUGCUCGAUCUUCACGGCAACCGAGUCCGACUCAUCGAGACCGCUGAAGCCAGUGACUUCCAAUGCCCAUACGUCUGCCUUAGCCACCGUUGGGGCGACGCAAGUAUGGCACGAUUGAUAAGCACGACAAAUAACAUCCACAACCAUAUGGAAGAAAUCGAAUGGAGUAACAUUCCAAAGACAUUUCAAGAUGCUAUCGUUAUCUGUCGGCGUCUAGACGUGGACUACCUGUGGAUCGAUACGCUAUGCAUCUUGCAAGACUUUCCUGGCAUGUCGAACGAGGAAAAGCCAGUAACGAGUAUAGAUUUUGCAGCCGAGAACUCGGCCAUGGCGCGCAUUUAUCAGAGUUCUUCCUUUACCAUGGGAGCGUCUCAACAACGUUACGGGAGUCAUCGCAUCAAGGUCAGAGAUUUCAAUGGCAACAAGUCGAUUCUACGCAUCAGAGGAACGACAUCCCACUUCACAUCACCGACAGAUCUAGAGGACAUUCCAGGAGUAUCUUCUCCCUCUCGAGUUCUAGAAUUUGGGCCUUUCGAUAUCUCUUGGAAGUGCAACGAAGGCUACCUCUGCGAAUGUCAACAUAAUACAGGGGCUGUUCAUUGGCGCGAGGAACUAGCUCUACGUUUAAUGCCACCUCAGAAUCCUGCAGACGCUGAAGAGUGGUGGGCGGGCAUACUGCGACAGUACACAAUGAGACGUCUGUCAAAGGAAGAGGACAAACUACCUGCUCUCUCCGGGUUAGCACAGCUAUACCACCAACUAAAACGCGAUACGUACCUGGCGGGCCUCUGGAAAGCGUCUCUUCCCCAUUGCCUGUGUUGGUACAACACUGCCCAAGCCGGCACGUACCCAAUGAAACUUGGAAUAGGUCGAAGAUCUCAAACAACCCGUGCUCCCUCCUGGUCCUGGGCUUCGCUCGACAUUGUGAACGACGCGCAGUGCCGCUUCUGGUGGCCACGGGAAGCUCUUUCUACCAACCCCAUCAUGUAUGAAGACGGCGCUACAUAUCGGCCGGUGUGCACUGUACACGAAGCUAUUUGCCAGCUUAAAACGGACGAUGCAUUUGGUGAGGUGGAAAGGGGCUCCAUCGACCUCAGUGUGCUGCUCAUUUCUGCGAAGAUCGGCACCAAGUCCCAGGGAGACGAAAGCUUCAGUACCGUAGGCGAUGUAGCCUGGACAUUGGAUUAUGUCGAGGAUGGCACAGAUGUUCACAUAUGUCUAGCUGACUGCAGCUUGGAUGACGACGAUCUGCAGAUGGGAGAUGAAGUGUUUUGCGCGCCCAUCGUAGAAGCCAUUUCGGAAUCGGG